AUGGAAGGAGAAAAGAAAUCUCUUCGCCCGUCUUUCGCCGUCACAAACAUCAAAAGCCUAAUCCCUGUUAUCUUAGAUAUCAAACAAGAUGAAUACUCGUCAUGGGUUUUUCUCUUUGAACUUCAUCUCCAAGCACAUCGACUACUCUUCCUAAUUGAUGGAUCGCAAAAACCUGUAGAUGUUGAUGCCGAAACUGAAAAGCAGUUGGAUACUCUAUGCCGUCAAUGGAUCUUCGCUACCAUGACUAAGGAUUUAAUGCUCACCGUUCUAAAGAAAGAAAAAAUUGCAAAGGAGAUUUGGGAUCACCUUAAAACACUUUUUCAAGAUAACAAAGGCAGCCGUGCUGCAAAUAUUGAGAGUAAGUUUGUGAACCUUAAAUUUUCUGAUUGUGCUAGUGUUGAUGAUUAUUGUGAAAAGCUCAAAUCUCUGUCCAAUCGAUUGCAUGAUCUUGAUUUUCCUACGAAUGAUAAACGUCUCGUAAUCCAACUGGUGAAUGGUUUUCCGGAGGAAUACGCCUCUUUUGUACAACAGUCCAUGCCUACCUUUGAUGGUACACGCUCUCAACUCCAUAUUGAGGAAAUCAGACGUGCACAAUAUUCUAUUGUACCUUCUCCAAAUGCCCUAGCUGUUGCUGCUUCUCCAAUGGAUUGUAAUAACUAUCGUUCUCAUCAUCAGAACUCUGGCAAACAAGGACACAAAUCUCAGUCCACUGACAAGCGUCCUAGAUCUGGCCCAACUACCUCUCCAUCUGCGAACCCGCCACUGCUGCCGACACCAUCUGGUUUUCGUCUGACAUCCAAUGCCAACUUCCACAAUAACCAACCACGUGGUCGUUCCCCUGGAAAUGGUCAUGGCCAAGCAUACCUUGCUCCUACAACUGAGUUAAUACAACCCACUGACAUAGCUGAGGCGUAUAGCUCCAUGCAUUUACAACAACCUGAUGAUGCCUUCUACAUGGACACCGGUACUACUUCGCAUCUUACUGCUGAUUCAGAUCUUCCUACAAAUACUUCUUGUAAUAUUGAGUCUUCUCCUUCUCUCAUUCAUCCUUCCUAUAAUCUCUCAUACCCAUCAAUACAUCCUCCCCCUACUGUCAACCAAGCAUUUACUCUCCAACCUACUGCAACACUUCCUGGACCAUACACUCCACCUCACCGUCGGUCCACCCUCCCCUCUGCUACGUCAGUCCCACCCACCUCACCAGUCCCUACCUGUACUGGUCCCUCUCGUACACCAACAUAUGUAACCGUCCCUACAUCCCCUACACCCACUACAGAUCAUACACCCGCUACUAUCCCUCCACCCUCACCACCUUCUCCUUCCGUCCCUACUGCUCCUACACCCACUACAACACCUUCAUGUCCUGUUACUCGAGCAUCCCGUGGCAUUUAUCGACCAAUCCACCGUCUCAAUCUCCAUGUCCAACAUUACGACAUAUCUCCCAAAUCCUCGCUCUCAUUUGUUUUCUCUUAG